UGAGUAAGAGUUUGGUUGACUUAGCUAUCCCAUCAAAGAAGCUUCUUUCCCAAUUCCAAGCUUACGGUCUUUUUUUUCUUUUCUAUAAAUGGAUAGUUCAUAUUUUAGCAACUUUAAUCAAUUAAUUUUUGCCAUGGAUUAUUUUCGUUUAUUGCCAGAAGGUUGCAUAUCGGAAAUUCUCUCUUUUACUUCUCCAAAAGAUGCUGUUAGUUCCUCAGCUAUCUCACGAGGAUUCAAGUCUGCUGCUGAAUCUGACGUCGUUUGGGAGAAAUUUUUGCCCUCUGAUUAUCAACAUAUUAUCUCUAAAUCAGACUCACUCUUGGUUUCUUCUUCCAAAAAAGAGCUUUAUUUUAGUCUCUGCGACUCCCCAAUUCUCACUGAUGGCGGCAAACUGAUGUUUCGUGUAUCUGUGAUUUGAUAUGUCAAAUAGAGUUUUUCACUGGAUAAGAAGACUGGGAAAAAAUGUUUUAUGGUGGCAGCAAGAGAACUUGGUAUUACAUGGGGUGAUACACCACAGUAUUGGGAAUGGUUACCUCACCCGGACUCCAGGUUUUAUAUUUUCUUCGAUUAAUGGAGAUUAUACAUCUCGAUGGAAAAGCUGGCCUCAUUGUUCAAGGAAUGGAGUUUCGUCCGGAGGAGGAGGAAGAAGAAGAAGAAGAGGAGGAGGAGGAGGAGGAGGAAGGAGGUAGAGGAAGACAGUUUUGAAGAACAAGUAGACCAUUUGUGAAGAACGAGUAGACUGUUAAGUUGGAAAAUGGUAUUUGCAAUUUGAAAUUAUGUUUGGAUAUGUAUUUCACUUGAAAAAAUGUUUGUAGUUUUGUGAGUGGGGAAAAAAAAAUGAAAAUUUUACGUCAAAAUCA